GAGCCUGCUGUUGCCCCAGCAACAACCCGGGAACCCUAGGAGAGCGAGGCUGCGGACCUAUCUACCUCAGGUCUUCCUCCGCCUGGAAGGGCCCGGGCGGGGCGCGAGACUAGCCUCGGCGUCGGCGGCCGCAAAGAGGAAGAGGCCAGGCCCAUGAACUACCAUCCCCGAAGCAGCUUUCGCUUCUAACGGUCAAGUACGCAGAGAGCCAUGGCCGAAGUGCACGUGAUCGGACAGAUCAUAGGGGCCACCGGUUUCUCUGAAGGUAGCCUCUUCUGCAAGUGGGGCAUCCACACAGGGGCUGCAUGGAAGCUCCUGUCAGGCGUCCGGGAAGGCCAGACACAGGUAGACACACCCCAGACAGGGGACAUGGCUUACUGGUCCCACCCCAUUGACCUGCACUUUGCUACGAAAGGUCUCCAAGGUUGGCCUCGACUUCAUCUCCAGGUGUGGUCCCAGGACAGCUUUGGCCGCUGCCAGCUUGCUGGCUAUGGCUUUUGCCAUGUGCCUAGCAGCCCAGGCACUCACCAGCUGGACUGCCCUACAUGGAGGCCCCUGGGUAGUUGGAGGGAGCAGCUAGCACGGGCUUUCGUGGGUGGCGGGCCACAGCUGCUGCACGCAGACACCAUCUACAGCGGGGCCGACCGCUACCGCCUGCACACGGCCGCGGGUGGCACAGUGCACCUUGGUAUUGGCCUGCUGCUGCGCCACUUUGAUCGCUACGGUGUGGAGUGUUGAGGGACUUCACUGCCACCAGUCACCAUCAUCCACAGCCCUGCGCACACGACGGCACAGCAGUGAAGCAGGCACAUGGACUCUGGAGACUGUCAGUCCUGAUCUCACCCAAGUCAUGGCCCUUAUGCCAUGGACUGCAAGGCCAGGAACUACCCCUGUGGCCCAUGCUCCACUGAAUUACCGGGUAAAAGUGUGAGUUGGAGGGACUUGAGGAGAGCCUGCUGUUUGGCACUGUCAGGGGCACUUAAUAAAAGCAUGCAUUUCUCAUAGGUAAGGUGUCCCCUCGUACCCGCUGCAGUUCUCA